AGUGGAUUUAAACAAAUGUUUUCAUGUUGUCUUCUUUCCCAUCAGGAAGUUCUUUCUGGAGUUGUGGUCAUCACAAGCAAGGACACAGUCCAGCACCAGGGAAUCUCCUUAACCAUGGAGGGGUCAGUAAAUCUGCAGCUCAGUGCCAAAAGUGUGGGGGUGUUUGAGGCUUUCUACAACUCUGUCAAGCCUAUUCAGAUUAUUAACAGCACCAUUGAAAUGGUAAAACCAGGGAAGCUUCCCAGUGGCAAGACAGAAAUUCCCUUUGAAUUCCCACUGCACAUGAAGGGGAACAAAGUCCUGUAUGAGACAUACCAUGGUGUGUUUGUUAACAUCCAGUACACCCUGAGGUGUGACAUGAGACGGUCUCUGCUGGCAAAGGACCUGACUAAGACUUGUGAAUUCAUUGUCCACUCCCUGUCACAGAAGGGGAAGCUGCUGCCCAGCCCUGUGGACUUCACCAUCACUCCUGAAACUCUGCAAAAUGUUAAAGAGAGAGCCUCCCUCCCCAAAUUCCUGAUCAGAGGGCACCUCAAUUCCACCAACUGUGUGAUCACCCAGCCCCUGACAGGGGAGCUGGUGGUGGAAAGCGCCGAGGCCGCCGUGAAGAGCAUCGAGCUGCAGCUGGUCAGAGUGGAGACCUGUGGCUGUGCUGAAGGUUAUGCCCGGGAUGCCACGGAGAUCCAGAACAUCCAGAUCGCCGACGGCGACGUCUGCAGGGGCCUCCCCAUCCCCAUCUACAUGGUGUUCCCCAGGCUCUUCACCUGCCCCACCCUGGAAACAACCAACUUCAAAGUUGAGUUUGAGGUGAACAUCGUGGUCCUCCUGCACGACGACCAUCUCAUCACUGAGAACUUCCCACUGAAGCUCUGCAGGAUGUAAAGACCCAGGGAAGGACUUCCUGGAAAAGGCCCAAAUUCUUGAGAGGAGAAGUGAGACUUUAUCCAUGCCUGAUUCCAGCUGGAGCCACCUCACUCCCUGUGGGUCCUUUUGUGCUCUCAGUUCUCUGGUCAUCUUUCCCAGAGAGCCCACCUGGACUUCCCAAUCCAGGCAGCCUUGGCAGGGACCCUUCUGCCUUCAACAACCACAUUAUCCCCACUUUUCCUCAGGCAAAUCCUGAAGGAAUGAUUUUGCAGCUUUCUACAACUGGUGUGUAAGUACGUAGGAAGUUUCUCUCCUUAUUUAAUUCCAUCAUACUUGUUCCAAAACCCUUUGAAGACCCCUUAAACCUGUUGAAUCCUGUUAUAUCCAUACUGGGAAUUGUGAUAUAAUGAUAAAUAGGGUCUUUGAAGGGAUAAAAAGUGGUGCUACAACACUGGGAGGUGCUGCUGUGGGAUCAGUGUGGAAUAAGUGAAGUAACACCGAGGAAAUUUUGGUCAAAUUGGGAACAUGAGUCUGUGUUGGAGGAAUAAACUCACCUGUUUGUAA